AUGUCAGGAAACCCCGCACGACUUAGACAGGGUAGGGAGACCCGGACCGCAUCGGCUCAACGCGAGCGGACCUCACAGUUAGCAUCGACACGGGGACGGGGUCGAGUACCCAUCCAAACGGAUGAGGCGCCUGCUGGUUCCUCAUCUGGAUCUAGGGGUCGGCUGACUCGGGCCUCUUUCUCUCCUGAGGUGGUACGUGAGGAGGAGGAGAUCGAGGAGGAUGUGAGACAUCAUGAGGAUGAUAUACCAUAUGCUAACCCUUCGAGCGGGGAGGAUGAUACGGAGGAGGGGUACCCGAGAGGGCCUACACACACUUCCGAACGACCGACCAUAAAAUCCGUGAACCAUGCACAGAAGAUAUUUUCUCUGUUUAAACCACAGGCUCAGUGGUUUAAUGACGUGGUAGCUGGGAGCGGGCUUGGCGGGUUAUGCAUAACCGACUAUAGUACCAUCAGCCACGACAUGCAGGGCGCUUGGCACAAGGAGACAUCUUAUUUCCACCUUCUUGUUGGGGAGUUCACGAUCACCUUACACGACGUGGCCUGUCUGCUCCACCUGCUGAUCAGAGGGAGGCUGCUCGACCAUUCCCUGAUACUAAUGGUUGAGGCCAUUGAGUGGAUGGUGGGCUAUCUGGGCAUGGACCCAAACAUGGAGGAUUACGAGUGUAGAGAAACGGGUGGGGCGCGUAUCAAGUUCUCCAGCUUGAUACAGCUGUAUGAGAACCACUUGGUGGCGGCACCAGAGUUGGAGCAGGAGAGUGACGAGCUUUUUACUGAGUAUCACCGUGCUUGCGCUCUGCAGUGCUGGUUCAUGUUAUUGGUAGGCACUGCACUCUUUGUGGACAAAAGUACAACCUACAUCGACAUGACGUAUCUCCGGUACUUUAUCGAUCUGACUAUAGUAGACCAGUGGAAUUGGGGGGCAGCUAUUUUGGGAUGGAUCAUCUUAUACUUCCACCACAUCCAUGGUUUCGCUAUUGAUCCUGCGUACAAUGAGGGCAUGCCCAGGGCCGCACGAUUCGUCCUCCAGAGAGGGAAUAACACGGUGGGCCCAUAUCGCGUGUACCUGGACCACACUGUGCAUGAUGACAUCCAUUGGACACCCUUCACUAAUUACUGUCUUGUUGUCCCAUUCGACCGCACCGCUUUAUACUCUAUAUGGUUGGCGUGUGGGACCAACACCAUGGUCAGGUAUCUGCCGGAGCGGUGCAUUAGGCAGUUUGGACGUGUACAGAUAAUACCGACGUCUCCGCUUGAGGCUGCUCCCGACACCAUUACCCGAGUGGGCCUCACUGCUAUAUUUGAGGAUUGGGCGCAUCAUUUGGUUCCCGAGGAGUAUCGGCGUAUGGUGGCCACCCAAGAGUGGCACUGUGUGAAGGUAUACCAACGGAUACAGAUGCUUGGACAAGAUGCAUUGGACAGAGGUAUCAUUGAGCAGGGCGGUCCAGAGGCAGUUGCUAUUAUGGAGAGGAUGGUCAGUGACGCGGCUGGUGCGGCGGCGUAUAGACGGCAGAGGAGGUCCCAGAUAGUUAGGGUGAUUGAUAAAGCAAAGGAAUAUUGUGCUAGUGCGGCGUUGCAUCAGGUUUUUAUAGAGCAACAACAUUACAUAGUUAAUACCAGGUGGAAUCCAUCAACAAUUGGUUGGAUUUGUGUCAAUGUGGAUGGAGCUGUUAAGCAUAAUUUAUCUGCUACGUGUGGAGAGUUGUGGGAAGUGUUGGAGGGGAUUAAGUAUGCGAUUGGAAAAGGAUAUCCGAGAAUUAAGAUUUAA